UUACCGUUGGAAGCUUCCCAGUGGAAGUGCGUGGGCGGACGCAACAUAUAAAUUUAAAACUAUCUGAAAGAAGGAAAAUAAAUUAAAACAAGUGACAGUAAAAAACAGGCAGAAAUUAUGCCCAACAUUGUGGCAUUGAAACUGGGUGGGGCCAGUAAUCCUGCACGGACUGGUGGGGAUGGUAGUGGGCUGCUGGUGGCCUUGGAUCAAUUGGCGCUGCAGCAACAAAUCAACGCAAAUUUCAUUUUCCAUGCCAUUUCCAACUACAAGAAGACACCGUUCCAGCGUAAAACGUUGGACUUUAUUACCAAAAAGUGGCUGCAGUUGCAUUUGCUGUGGCGAGAGUUCCGGCUGAGGGAUAAGCAAAUACGGCGUGGUCACAAGGACUCAAACUACCAGGAGCAUGGCUACUUUCAGCAGGAGCUCUUCGAGUUGGUCCACGAGAAAUAUGUGGCGGCUAGGGGCUGUCUGAGUCGUGACAAAAGAAAUCUACUUACCCUGGCCCCAGUCGCCGUGCUGUUUGCUCAACCAACGAAAUGAGGGGUGGAAAAUUGGAGGGAGGAAUUGAGACAGAGCCCCAGUAAAAGGAAAACCCAAGCAGAAAAAUAAGCAGAGCUGGAGAGAGAUAUGUACGUGUGAAAAUAUGUAAGUGUUUCCCCGUCCGGUCUGACGACAAUGGUGGACAAUGUCAACAGCUCAGUUUCGUUUUGCUUCGUUUCGACUUUCACUUCAAUGAUGAUAUCCGUCAACAAGUGAUUGAGUGCAUAUGCAGCAUGUGGCAAAAGGCGAUUGACAAUUCGGGGAAAAGUCGGGUUGCUCCUCUCGACAACAAAGGCCCUUUUAUAUCCAAUGAAUCUAUAAAAAAAAAAAUUUCGACCUAUGCCCCUUUCGAUAAGUCAAUUUGCGUUGUGAUAAAUGUUUUUAUAACUGCCAUAUAAAUUGUUACCAAUUUAAAGAGAAUAAAAACCAAAAUUUCUA